GGGCAGGCCGAGCGCAGCCGCCCCGCGUCCUGCUCCGCAGUGGCCGCGGCCGGCGCCCGCCCCGCGCCCCGCCUCGCCGCCCGGCCCGGCUCGCGGGGCUGCCCGGAGGCCGCGGCCGGGCCGCUGUUGCGCCGAGAGGGGGCAGCUGCGGAGUUCCAUAACCAUAGCAACCGCAUCAGCACCGCGGCGGCGGCGGGCGGCAGCUCUUACUCCUCCUCCAGGCAGCCUCGCCGCGGGCACCGCAGACCCAGCUCGCGGGCGCCCGGACCCCGCGGAGCGCCCACCGCCGCUGCGGAGAGCCGGGAGGGAGGCAGCCGGCGCGGCCCGGAGCCGAGGGGAGCCCUGCAGUGGGAGGCAGGUAAUGAACCAAAAAGAUCAUGUCUGAAGUACAAGGAACGGUUGAGUUUUCUGUAGAGCUACAUAAAUUUUAUAAUGUGGAUCUCUUUCAGAGAGGGUAUUACCAGAUCCGAGUGACCUUGAAGGUGUCCUCAAGGAUCCCCCACAGACUGAGCGCCUCCAUCGUCGGGCAGACAGACAGCAGCAGCCUGCACUCAGCCUACGCCCAUGAGAACGCCGUGCACAGCAGGGUCUUUCAGAUCUUGUACAGGAACGAAGAGGUCUCCAUAAAUGACGCCGUGCUCUUCCGGGCUCAUUUGCUCUUAGAUGGAGAAAGGGUGGAGGAGGCGCUAAGUGAGGUCGAUUUUCAGCUCAAGGUGGAUCUGCACUUUACGGACAGUGAGCAGCAGCUGAGGGACGUGGCGGGGGCCCCCUUGAUCAGCAGCCGCACACUCGGCCUACACUUCCACGCCUGGAGGGGUCUGCACCACCAGGUCCCCGUCAUGUUCGACUACUUCCACCUGUCAGUCAUCUCGGUGACCAUCCACGCCGCCCUCGUGGCCCUGCAGCAGCCCUUGAUCAGCUUUACCCGUCCGGGAAGAGGCUCCUGGCUUGGUAAAGGCGGGCCAGACACGGGACCAGAGCAGUCCAGCCUCUCUCUGGAAAACCUGGUCUUCGGAGCGGGAUACUGCAAGCCGACUUCUUCGGAGGGGAGCUUCUACGUGCCGUCCGAGAACUGCAUGCAGCACGCCCACCGGUGGCACCGGCAGCUGUGCCGCCUGCUCCUGCGCGCCUACGGGGGACUCCGCGCCUACUUCCUGGCCAUCAUGCGGGACAUCCCGGAGCUGCCGCACAUGGAGCUGGAGUCCCUUGCUGUGGAGGAAACGCUCUCUCAGCUGUGCUCAGAGCUACAGAUGUUGAACAAUCCCGAGAAGAUAGCUGAGCAGAUAAGUAAGGAUCUCGCCUGGCUCACUUCCCACCUGAUGGCUCUGUGGACCCAGUUCCUCGACACGGUGACCCUACAUUCCCAGGUGACCUCUUAUCUCACCCAGGAACAUCACACCUUGAGGGUCCGAAGGUUUUCUGAGGCCUUCUUUUAUAUGGAGCACCAAAAGCUGGCCGUCCUGACCUUCCAGGAGAAUCUGAUACAGACCCACAGCCAGCUGUCUCUGGACAUCCGAAACUCCGAGUACCUCACCACCAUGCCCCCGCUGCCCGCGGAGUGCCUGGACAUCGACGGCGACUGGAACACCUUGCCGGUUAUCUUUGAGGACAGAUAUGUGGACUGCCCUGCCACAGGGCACAAUUUGAGUAUUUACCCUAAUUUUGACGUCCCGACAAGUCCUGCAAUAAUGAAUCUAAACAAUAGAGAAGAGAACCCUACUGUAAAUAGAAAAUCACCUUUCAGGGAAGACCUUGUCUUGCCCACCGUGAAACCACCCCAGGUGGACUCUGAUAGAGAAGUUAUUGGGUGUCCAGAGCCAGAGGACAAAGUAAUCACACCACAAUGUACGGACACGUGCUCUGAAUCUCAGGUGUAUCUGACAAUUGGUGAAUGUCAGAACAAAGCAGGUUUGCCUGAAGAGGAAUGCUGGACUGGCCAGAGAUCUGAUCUUGGAACACAUUCACUGGCAGAUGAGGACCCACCCAGAAGGAGUCCAGGUCCAGAGGAUGGCCAGGCCCCGGCACUCACCUACAUUGAUGUGAAAUCUAGCAAUAAGAGGCCUUGUAGUAUGGAGCCCACAGUGGUCAUUAGUGCUCAGCAGGAGAGUGGGCACUCUCCAGAUAGCUGUGAAUCGGACAGAGCUGUACCAGGCCAAGAGGUAGCUGGGGUUGGUCACCAAAAUGCCAUCCUUUCAGAGAAAACAACACCGCAUGAGUUAAGUACUCUGGGAAAGGUUGCAGACCAGGAGGGCAAGAUGGCACUGCUGAGUCUGAAACUCAUCCCCUCCGAGCCCUGUGAUCCACUAAACUCAACUUUGAGGGAUCCCUUGGAUGUUAGGGCUUCCCCAAAAGACCCUCACUCAGAGGAGCAGGAAGAAGUGUCAGUAAUUUCUGGGGUCAUCAAGAGAUCUUCUUCCAUCAUCUCCGAUUCAGGCAUUGAGAGCGAGCCAAGCUCUGUUGCCUGGUCCGAGGCGCGAAGCAGGGCCCUGGAGUUACCCAGUGACCGGGAAGUCUUGCACCAUCUGGUUCGAAGGCAUGCUCUGCACAGGAACUCCUUAGAGGGUGGACACACAGAGAGCAAUACGAGUUUGCCGAGUGGGAUCCAGGCAUCUCUCACCUCCAUUAGCUCUUUGCCCUUUGAGGAUGAAGAACGGGAGUUGGCGCUCACCAAGUUGACCAAGUCUGUGUCUGCGCCCCAAAUCAGUAGCCCAGAGGAGUCUGCUGAAGACACGGACACCAUGCAGCAAGGUGGAGAUCUUGCUGAAAGUCCAGCCAUACCCAUAGAGAGUGUAGACUCCCCGGCAUCCAAAAUCCCAGAUGCUGGCGCAGACCAUUCCCUUGUGCAGGUGGUUUCAGGUGCUGAUGGCCAGCUGGUCCCUGGUUACAUAGACAUCCCCAAAGGUACAGAGAGUCAGUCUGAUCCUCAAGAACCUUCUUGUCUUGAUGGGAGGACUGAGAACCUUGCAGGUGUUGAAACCAAAGGUCUUAAUGUAAAAAUACCACGUAUCAUUGCACUUGAAAACCCUAGGCAUGGAUCUUAUCCUAGAGUACUAAAGGAGACCCCAGAGGGCAAGCCUGAAGACUUGAAUGUGGAGAAUAAUGCUCCUUCCAACAGUAGCAUCUCAGAUGAUGAGACAAUCGCCCACCAUCAGGUGCCUGAGUGGAACUCUAGGACAGCUGCUGAUGCCAGCGACCUGGAGUCCACAGACGAGCAGAACAGCUCACCAGGCAUCGUCGAUGAUGCAGCUUUUAGCGAAGGAACUCAAGCUCGUCUGGAGGCUGGACGUGAAGCAGGCACUGUGGGUUCCACUGUGACUCCCUCCACUCACUCCCAGGUUUUAGGAAACCAAGAGCCAAAGACAGGCACUUCCGUCAUGGCGUCUCACCUGGGUUCAGUGGAGACCUUCACUCUGGACAGCCUGAAAGCCGUGGAGGUCGUCAACCUGUCUGUGUCUUGCACUGCCACAUGCCUCCCUUUCUCAUCUGUGCCCAAGGAGACCCCUGCCCGGGCUGGAUUCUCUGCCAAGCAGACCCCAUUGCCCAUCACUCAUCAACCUUUGGGUUCCUUUGGAGUUGUCUCCACCCAUUCGAGCAAGUUGGAGGAAGAAGUCAGUGAGAGGAUGUACAGUUUUUAUCAGGCCAAAGAAAAAUUUAAAAAAGAACUGAAGAUUGAUGGAUUUCUGUACAGUGACUUAUCUGUACUAGCUUCUGAUAUACCGUAUUUCCCACCAGAGGAAGAGGAAGAAAAUUUGGAAGAUGGAAUUCACCUGGUAGUCUGUGUCCAUGGCCUAGAUGGGAACAGUGCCGACCUCCGCCUGGUAAAGACUUUCAUCGAACUGGGGCUUCCUGGAGGAAAGCUGGACUUCCUAAUGUCCGAAAAGAACCAGAUGGACACGUUUGCAGAUUUUGAUACCAUGACAGAUCGGUUGUUGGAUGAAAUCAUUCAGCACAUCCAGUUGUACAACCUCUCCAUAUCCCGAAUUAGCUUCAUCGGCCACUCCCUGGGCAACAUCAUCAUCCGGUCGGUCCUCACGCGGCCGCGCUUCCGGUAUUACCUCAACAAACUCCACACGUUCCUGUCGCUGUCUGGGCCUCACCUGGGGACCCUGUACAACAACAGCACGCUGGUUAGUACAGGCCUGUGGCUCAUGCAGAAAUUAAAGAAAUCCGGGUCCCUUCUGCAGCUGACCUUCAGGGAUAACGCUGAUCUGCGCAAAUGUUUCCUCUACCAACUAAGCCAGAAAACAGGUCUGCAGUAUUUCAAAAACGUUGUGCUGGUGGCUUCUCCCCAAGAUCGCUACGUGCCGUUUCAUUCAGCCAGGAUUGAAAUGUGUAAAACUGCCCUCAAAGACAGACACACAGGGCCGGUGUACGCGGAGAUGAUCGACAACCUUCUGCGUCCCCUGGUGGACGCCAAGGACUGCACCCUAGUCCGGCACAACGUGUUCCACGCUCUGCCCAACACUGCCAACGCUCUGAUCGGCCGGGCCGCCCACAUCGCCGUGCUGGACUCCGAGCUCUUCCUGGAGAAGUUCUUCCUGGUGGCGGGGCUCAGCUACUUCAAGUAGUGGCUGGGGCCGCCCGCGGAGGCUUUGUGACCCCUGAACGCUCUAGCUGAGACGUCCCUCGCAGCCCUUGGCCACUGCAGGGUCCCGAGGCCAGGAGGGUGGGGUGGGGACCGGCCGUUCCAGGUGCUUCCAUCUUGGAGAUUUGGGAAAGCUGAACCCGUCCACGGUAGUGUCACCUGACAAGAGGUUGUCCGAAGCUGUCCGGCUUCCUGGAGGGUCUUUCAAGAUGCUUUCUAGGAGAAAUAUGACGAAAUAAAGAAACAGAAUCCUCGGAGUUGGUGAGCCCACCUUUUUCUCCCUCCGCUGGCUCACCGAGUCCGCUCCAGUCUCCCUAGAUGUGCCCGGUAUGUUCCUAGCUCAUAGCUUUAUCAUUCUGAUUCAAUCCUGUGCAUACAAGCAUUUCAGAACUCAGGUGAACCUCCGUGCGGAAGUGGGGCGUAUAUUCCUGUAGAUACAACCCGUAAUCGAUUCCAACGUGCCACUUGUUCAAGACAGCGUGAUGUCCACACGGUCAUUCUCCCAUGUUCCACCACCAGGGGCAAAGGAAUGCUUUAUGGACUUGAGUCCUAGUUCAUGUAUAGCAGUGGGAGGGGUGACGUAAGGUACAGGGGCAGAAAGGCGAUGUUCUUGGAAAAUGCAGGUCUGUGAUGAAGAAAAGCAGCUAGAGGGAAGGCGGUGAGCUCCGCUGCCUCACCUGCCCCUCCAGACUGUCUCUGCAGAGCCCUGGCCCACAGAUUAUUUUUGUGAAUGCUUCCAUCUCUCUCUGUAAUUGGGGAAAACAGACUCAGAUUAAGGGUAACAGAGGGAGGCACUGAGACAGAUGGACAGACAGGCGUGAAGCUCCUGCUGAUAUUCUUCCAAAGAAAUGCUAUAUUAGCAUUUGAUGCAAUUACAAAAAAAAAAAAAAAUACAGAUACAAACGCAACCAUUAACAUGGCCAGCGGCUUCUCCUCUUUGUGGAAGGACAGACAUCUAAAUGGAGGAGUGCUGGAUGAAACCUCAGGGGAGCUCGAAGAAGGUGCUGGAUAUCUUUUACUAGAAAUGUCUUCUUGCCUUAGGAAAAUAAAGGGCUAGGAGAGGUCACCAUUGAUUAAGAAAAGAAUAACAACAAUAAAUAGCAGGACAACAAUGCGGUUAGAGAGGAGGACGUCAGCCCGAUUGAGGACGCAGCUUAAACUGUUACUGGUAAGUCACUUAAGGGACGUUUUGAAAAUGGCCAGGAUAUUUGAUGGGGUCCCAAAGACUGAGUCCACUCUUGGCCUAAAGGAAGCCUGGAGAAUCACCUGGUCACACGAAGGAAGGCGCGGACCAGGACAGGAGGGAUGGCUAACACAGAAGACCCAUCUUCCAGAAGCAGAAGCUCCUGUUUCUGCAAAACCACCUUCUCAUGUGUUUCAGAAAGUCCUCUGAGACCAGAUUCCUGGUCCCGGCGCCUGGACCGUGACCUUCAGUCACUAGUGCUAUGGUCCUAAAACCCAGUAAAUCUUGGCUUAUCUGAGAAUUGUAGUUCUCCCAUGUUGACAGCAUGACUUUGCCAAACACACGCAGACCACAAGAAACCAGUCCCGGAAGGCAGCUUCGUAGGACAGAGACCUGUGGGUUUCUCAUGAAAGAAGGUGGGGGUAGAUUUGAAUGAGCCACGAAGGCAGACUCGCAGACAGUGGAGCAAGGGUUCCCCUGGGGGUCUCCUGUGAACUCUCGUUACGUCCUAGGCUUCACCCAUAUGGGAUCAGUAAGUUCUGUGUGUAUUUUUCUAAGUUCCCACCGGACAGAGACUGGGAUAACCACAGGAUAACAGAAGCGGAAUCAGUUCCUGCACUAGAAGCCCACGUAGCUGUGUUUCCUGGUCUAGACGCGUGGUCAGGCUCCAUGCUGGACCAUAUGUUUGUAGAGGGUUUUCCUUUAGGGCCCGUGAGGAGCCCUGCCCCUCCAAUGAGAGCAUUUCAUUUUGUGUUUCCGAUACCCAUCAGCAAAGUGUGUCAUUCCCUGGUCACUCGCAAGACCGUGUAACGUGGUUCCAGAGCCAGGGUGAAUCCAAUGACCAUCGUCUUUCCCACUACCCAGAUGCCAUUUUUAACUUCAAUAUGCUGUCUGGACAUAGCGAGAACUCAUGGCAAUAAACGUCCGGCUGCAUGGUGCACCCCUUUUUUUACAGGGGUGAUCUGCUGUCUUUGUAAACCCUCUCUGGCCUCCGAGCAUCUAUUCUCUUGUGUAGAAAGUACGUAUCUAUACUGUAAAUAAGAGUGUCCAGUGUUGCGUGUCAUGCCUCAUUUGAAAAGGCUUUUUUAUGUCUCUUUCUAAUGAAGUAUAUAGAUAUCUAAUAUAUAUAUAUAUAUACAUACAUACAUAAAUAUAUAUAAUGUAAAACAGGGACAUUAUAUUAUUUAUUAUAAAAAUUAUAAACAAAAUGCCUGCCAAGAUAAUGGUCUAGUAUGUUUUCAUUCUUAGCAUCAUUUUUGUUUUUUGUCUUUAUGGAUGUUCAGUUUCUCAGAAGUAGUUAGAGUAAAGUGGUCCUCCUAAGAUACACUGGAAUCUGUUGUUCACAAGCCGAAUACAGCCAAGAAGUAGCUGGGAACCAAAUGUCCCCUGGGCGGUCAAACUCAUACCUCGAUGGCAGGUUAAGGCGCUGGAGCGCUCUGAGCCCAGGCGGCGGCUGGAGAGAGGGGAGGCUCCUGCUGGUGCCCGUGGUCCGCCGGUGUUUGCCAAGCAACUUCCCGUCAUGCUGGGCGGGAGCUCAGGGAUCCAAGGCACACGCCUGCCCUCCAGGAGCCCAAAGGAGAGGCAGCCUUGUGCUGAAGGAGGGUUUUGGUGAGGAAGUUCAUUCAUUCAUUCAUUCAUUCACUCAGCCAAUCUGUAUGGAGGGCCUGCUGUGCCAGGGAUGUACAGGUCAGACUGAGCAGCUCGCAGUCUGGUCAAACCGGAGGGUGAAGGAGGUUGGCACCACCCAGUGGUAGGGAUCAGAGUGUGCUCAGGGGAGGGACACCCAGCCUGCUCUGCAGAUGCGUGGGGUCGGGAGAGGCCUCUGCAAGACAGGAUGUCUAUGCCCAGGGCCAAGUCAGGGUUGACCUGGUGAAGGUGGGUGACUGGGAACCCCAGACAGGGAACAGAAUGACUAUAAGAGGCUUGAGGAGGGAGAGCCAGACCUCCGGCACACUGGACAGACGGAUGGAGACCGUGCUGGGGUCCAGUGCGACAGGGAAGAGGUGUGAGGGGUCAGCUGUCAUGCGGGACUCUCUUCUCUUUCAGGAGGGGAGUCCCAUCCUUCACACCAGUAGGGGAGUGUCCUUUCAGAAGCAGUGGUCUGGCAACCCCCUGCGACCACACCCUUCUCCCAGGGUAGCUUGUAGGACAGACCCGACCCUCCAUCUGGUGGGAAGCCCAGGGCCACACGUGCCCACCCUCACUCACUUCCAAUGACACCAUACACGUGUUCUUCUGGCUUCUCACAGAGAAAAGCCGGAGCAAACAGCAUCAUAUACACAGCCAUAAAGAGGGAAGGACCCUUUGGUUAAAAUCAUUGCAGUUAGCUUGAUUGUUACGAUUUAUUUUUCUUUCUGUGCAUGGAAGCCAUUGGGUGAGAUGUCUACAGGGGUGCCUUGGGGUGACCGCACUACCUUCUCUUGAUUGUGUGUAUGUGGGCGAGAAACUGGUCCUCCGCUGAGAGCUGGGUGGUCUGCAACCCUCACACGUUGAAGUAUCAUGCUCAGAGCUACAGUCCCCCAUGCAGACACGGAUAUUCUCACACAGCCGGCCAUGAGCCGGGGCUCAGUCCCAGAGCCAGAGCCAGCAGGCAGACAGAAACACAGAAACCCACCCUGAUGGAGAAUGCAUGAGAGCAGAAGGGAGCACGAAAGUCACAGGCAUGGUGAGAUGGCAAAGGUCAGGUUCGGAAGGAACCACAGAGGAGAGCUUGGGGUUUAGGGGUUCCAGCACAGUGUGCAAAUGGGAAGGAACAAAACAAAAUAGACAUGGUAGCCUGUGACCCAGGUUGUCCUGUGAUGAAUAAAAGCAUGUAAAAGUGCUAGGACAGGACAGAGUAGUCAGUGAGCCCUCAUUUGUGUGAGAUGGUAGCUCCUCUCCAAGACAUGUCUAUUGAGUUGAAAGUCUGCUCUUAGGUAUUUGCAAGCCCCUCAACGCAAUCAUCAGUUCUCUUUUGCCUUGUGACAUGUUUGGGUUUCAUAGAAUAUCCUUCUGAGCAUCAGCAAUAACCAAGGAGGCUGUGCACAGCUGUACAGGUUGUGUAAAAAGCAUGGCAAUAACACAUAGAGGAAGAUUUGUGCUUGCUCGCAUUGUUCUGACAAGGUAUCCGUCCCAGCACCCUUAGGGAGGACGUGUGUCAGUCUUUAAUGGAUAGAGCCAAGCACCAUAUGCCAAGAUCUGAACCACUCUCAUGUCUUUGUUUCCUUUUAUUUUUAUUUAUUUAUUUAUUUCAUUUGGUUAUUCUUCCCACGCUUUAUUGAGCACCUAUUUUGUGCUUGGUCCUGGGCUAAAGAGUUCGUAACAUAAAUCACAUAAUCCUAAACACUGAAAGGAUCUGGAAGGAUAAUACCAUUUAAUGUGUUAUUUUUAACUGUUAGUUGUGAAACGAACUCCAUGGGACCUCAGCUUCGUCAGAGGAACAACACCUGUUUAAUCCAGACUCUGUCUGACGAUGGGCGCUUUGAGCUUUGUUCUCCCAGCCUCUGCUAGAGGUUCCGAUCUUGUGUCCCAAAACAGGAAUGCGCUGCAGGGACCUGACAGGUCUUUCUGUGUCCCUUCCUCCAUUCCUUGUACUUUACUUAUUUAUAUAUAUUUUAGUUCUGUUACUUUUUCUUUACCUUUUCUGGCUUUGUCCAUGGUACCUCAGCAUUACCCAUGACGCUACAGCUGUCUCAGUAGAAAACCAUCGGAGACCUUCUCAAGGAAAGCUGAUCCCUGCCACGUCUUUUCAUGUGGAAUGUUAGAAAUACACUGUCCUUUCCGGGGGCUCCGCUCUGUACCCCAAUUUUAAUUUUAGAGGCUGGGGCCUCAGGACCUUCUGCCCCAUGGAGGAACGUCCCCAGUAUGUAGAACUGGAGUUCUGGACCAAAUGGGAAUGUGUGGAUGCUGCUGGGUUCUGCUUUGUUUAUCUCCAAACCAGGUUGCUCCCCGCUCUUUGCAAAGUACAGAAUGUGUUUGUGUUUCCAUUUCAUGGAAGUGGUUAUGAUUAUUUGGCUUUGAAACGGUCCUCAGACUCAAGCCUUCAUGGUUCAUCAUGGAUUCAGAGCUUGUGGAGACAAACCUCAGCUCUCAUUUGCUUCUUUUUUAACCAGAGGAGGAGCAAUGGUAUAGAAACAGCACGCAGUUCUCGGCUUUGUUUGGCGAGGUCUUGGGCGUGAAAGAUUUUCAUUUCAUCUUUAGAAGCUGCACAACAGGGGCGCCUGGGUGGCUCAGUAGGUUAGGAGUCAGACUCUCAACGGUGGCUCAGGUCGAGAUCUCAGGGUGGUGAGAUCGAGUCCCGCAUCAGGCUGCUGGCUCACAGAGUCUGGUUGCGAUUCUCUCUCUCCCUCUGCCCCUCCCCCCACUCACAGAGACCUGCUCUCUUUCCCCCCCACCUUCAAAUAGAUAAAUACAUCUUAAAAAAAAAAAAAAAAAGCCACACAGCGUACAAACGAUGGGGGUACAAGGCAAGUAACUUGAUGAAGGUCACACAGGUCCACAAAGGAGGAGUCAAGGUUUGACCCCAAGCCUCCAUUUUCUCUGUUGGGCUAUGAUUCCUCCAACCUAGAGAAGCUCGUAAGUCAUGAAAGUCACACGUCUUGUUCAAAUCCAUGCCAGCCUGUCUUCAUCAUCCAACCACAAUCUCGUGAGCUUUCUGGUAUAACACAUUGCUAAGGAGCGACACCUUCGUAAUCAGCAACCAGAUGGCAGAUGACCUAAUUCCAUGACAAAGGUGGUUUUAGAAACAUGGUCAGGAAGCACGGUCUGGCCGCUGGCUGGCCGUCUACAAGCCCCAGUCACUGUGUCUCAAUGCUCUCUGAGUCCUGCUAGCCCGACACCAUUUCCACCAACCACGAUGCCUCCCCUUGCACACUGCUCUAGAGGGUGUCCUCGUACACCUCCUGCCUCUUUCCGCUGCUCCCACAUUGGAACAUCCAUCCAGGAAUCAGUCCCUUGUGCCGUGGGCUUCGAGCACGUACUAAAUGUUUUGUGGACCAUACAUUGUGGCUCAGGAUGAGUCUGGCUCCCUGUCCUGCCACCAGAGACAAGUCUUCGUAGGGUUCCAGGAACCAGGCCUUUCUCACUGUAAGAAAGUUGUAAGUGUCCUCUAGGUCUCCCACAUGCUCGUGUGUAGUUUCUGGAGAGCAGAAACCAUGUGUACGUGAUCCGUGUGCCCUGCUGCUCUCCCCAAUGCCUGGGACAGAGUUGGGGAACAGUGAGUAUUUUCUGGGACGGUCAGUUCCUUUUUGAAAGCUCACAUGUUCUUCUCCAGGGUAGCUGAUUGUGAUGCAGGAAGGGUUUGACCUUGGUCCAUGUUUCCCCUCUAACCUUCUGAGUCUGCCAGAGGGAAGUAGUUUCCUGAGAUCAGAGAUCAUACUGGUAGGUGUUUAAGUGGGAAGAACCAUGACAUCUCCAGGGCGUGUUCUGAAACCAAUGGGGAUAGUGACAAGUUUCCUCAACUGUGAAAUUGACUUGAAUGUACUUUGAGAGGUAGUUGGGGGAUGUAGAGAUGAAAAAGGGAAAAAGACAGUGUCUGGAACAGUGCCUGUGUAGAGCAGGUGCUUGAAAACUUAGGGGGUGGUAACCUAGGAGUACUUUAUGGCAAAAACUUGAGUAUAGGGAAUUUUCUUUGUAAUAAACUGAGAAAUGGUCUACACCUUCGAAGGGAUUCGUACAUGAGGACUUACGGGGGGAUCACCUUGUACGAAGCUUCAGGCUUAAGCUUCCAGCAUUCCGAAUGUUCCACUGUGAUUCCAGGAGCCACGGAACUGGAGUUUUUCAGGCUCGGUUUAGUGUAUAUUUGGAUGAUGUAUGGAGUAAAGCUGUUUCCUUGCUUAAGGUAUAGUCGUUGAGAGUUAAGAAAAGGCAGGGACUUGACACCCAGCCAAGAACAAUAUUAUAUCUCCUUUAAGACGUAUGGAAGUUUGAAUUCUGUAAAUGUCAUUCAGAAUCUUUUUAUUGCAUGGAACUGAAAAGAUAUCUUGAAAUGUCUUUUAGCCCAAGGUUAAACUUAUUGCAUAUGGGAAAAAUACCCUGCUUCAUGCUUAUCAUUUGAGAAAGUUAAAUAACCAUCCAGGUACAUCCAAUAACCUAUGCAUAUGUGUAUGUCUUUGCUUGUUUUUUAUUGUUAUUAUUUUUCUUCAAAAGAGAGCACCUCACUUUUUCUACCUACUGUCUUGUCUGUAUGUAUCUUAAUAUGAAAGUCUGUGAUUUUAGCUUCCUUCCCCAAUUUCUGUAACUUACUCUUGAAUGCAUUCCUUUUUCAAAGGUGUUUUUAGUCUCUGCCUGGUUCUAUGCGAAGCAUGAGUGGCCAUAGAAAUUUAUCACACAAGACCCUGCCUUCAAGGAUUUAUAAUCUAGUUGGGGGCUUGGAUACACACACAAGUAGAAGGAUAUUCACAUACAUAAAAUAAUGAAUCAAGAGAAUAGGUGGGAAACACUGAGAAUAUCAUCAUCCCAGUACCACUGAAACCAAUCACCCUGGCAUCGGGUGUGGACAUCCCUUCAGGGUCUGGAAGCAAAACCAGCCCAGGGGAGAGCCCACAGUGAUGUCAGCCAUACCUCUCAGGCAGGAUCUCAAAUCAUUUUUGGGGCUACGCUUUCCAGAUCAGAGUCAAGUUAGGAAAGUUCCAAAAGGAGGAGCUGAAUGUGGCCAAUUACAGAGCAGUCUCAAAAAAAAAAAAAAAAAAAAAAAAAAAAAAAAAAAAAAAAAACACCACACACCUGAGAGAUGUGUGUCCUCCACAGUCAUUGGCUGCCCCAUGACUAGUCUCACUUACUUCUUUUCAAAUUGACAGACCCACGUAGAGGAUCAAAUAAAUAAAAGGCACGGCGGUAGGUGCCUGCCAGCAUUGCACACUCAGAUCUGACCCCGAGAGCCAGCCUGUGGCUUGAGUCCAUUAUCAGACAGCACGGGGUUCCAGAAUUUAUUUUAUUUUAUCCCCGUCUUCUUUGAUUUUCAAACAUGACCUCCUACAUUGUAGACGAUGGAGAGAGGCAGGGUCUUUCGCAUGGUCCCUUUCUCAGAAAAAGAACUUGAAUGUACAGCUUGAUGCCACUGUGAAUUCCCAAUGUAUCUCUCUUCUGGUGACAACAUCUGUGUACGAAGAUCACCACCUCCGGCACAGCUUGCGCACUGUCUGCAGAACAAUGAUAGGAAUAACCAGUCGAUAGUGCCGAUACGAUUCUACUAUUUUUCUACAUCUGCUCUUUGGUUGGCAUUUUGUGUAGCUUGUGAUGUGCAUAAAUGAUCAACAGCAACAGUAAUAAACUCCUUUGACUUUC